UUGUUAAUAGCUCUUACACAUAAAUGCUUUAUAUUCAGCUAUAAACGUGUUUAUAUAAGCAGUUUAAAAAUAGUAUAAAUAUACCAAGUAGAUAGCCGUACAUGUAAUGCGUGAUAUUCUUUUUUUUUCUUAAUGAGAACUGGACAGAAGUCAGUCGACUAAUUGGUGUAACAAAUAUGAUAUGCAUAUUUAUAUGACCUGUACUUCUUCCUAAAGCAGAAUUAUGAAUGUGUUUAUCUAUAUAUUAAACUGUGCAACGGGUUGCUGCACAAUGGAUAUUGAACGUUAGAUAAGCAACGCAGUGUUAGGCUACACCGUUGACUCUAAAGAACAUAAUCUUGGAUAAUAAAACUAUUGUUUGUCAGACAAUGGAUUCUCCAAACCAUAAUGCUGUCAAGCCAAUGACCGAAACUCACCAAACAAAAGAACAGCAACACAGCAGACGAUGGAAAGUGAACAAAAUGUAUUUACCUCUCAAGCUUUUCUACUUUUUCUUCUACGGCGCCUCUGGUUCUGUCAUACCGUUCAUCGGAGUCUACCUGAAGCAUCUUCAUCUCAGUGCCUCUGAGAUUGGUGUCAUAGCAGGAGUGGCUGUGCUGUUCGCGAUGAGCAUGAGACCUCUGAUAGGGAUGGCGGCUGACAGGAUGAGUGCCUGGAAGUCAGCUCUCUUUGUUUGUUGUUUAGGUUUUGGUUUGGCUUUUUUCUGCAUGUGGUUCUUGUCAAGGCGGCCACUCUUCAGUCAGCUCUCUCCGCAUGACUACAACAUGACAUCACAGCAAGGCGGUUUUUCGAAAGUCUGGAAAUGUUUCGACGCCAACAACGCUGAGAUUUGCUCUUAUCCUGCCUCGAGGAACAAGACUGGCUGCUUGAUAAAAAGCUCAUUCGCGGACACUUUGUAUCCUGGUACCUUCAGGACGACUGAGCCGGUUUCUUUAUUAGAGAUGAACAGGGGAGGUAAUUUGACAAGUGUUGAAAGAAAUGGUACGACAACUAAGAUGGAUCUGAUCACUAAUUCGUUAAAGUCUCAAAAGAGUGGAUCACCAAUAAACAGUUCUAAUGAAAAUAUCAACCAGCCAUGUUUUUACCUUGUUUCACUUGACAGAGGUUAUCAUCGCGACUUUAAGGACAACGACUUCGAUAGAUUGAACAAAAGGUCGAUGAAAAGAAACACAAAAUGCCUGCCCAACUGCUCUGAACACUUUUCUAAUGACCUAGAUCUCUUGUCCGCAAGGCUGUUUUUGAAUUCACCCGGUUUCAACAAAACAUUAUCUAAACAUGGAAACAACACAACUUUAGAAGCUAAUCCAGGAAGUAUAACUCUAGAUCCUGUGUUUAUAAUCUCAUUCCUGCUUAUUGCACUUGCUCGAUCUUUUUAUGCAUCUUCCACAAGUUUAGCGGACGCCACGACGUACACAAUACUGGGACCACGAUCCUUGAAAUGGGGUCAGCAACGACUGUGGGGUACUAUUGGCACUGCUGUAGCUGUGAUGACCAUCACAAUAGCCAAUGACAACAUGAAAGGAGACAACUUUGCAGCUUUAUUCUUUGUUUGUAUUGUUUUAUCGCUACUUGCUUCCCUUGCCGGGACAAAGUUGAACGUGAAAAAAAUCCCAAAGAACAAUGACUUUUGUUCCGAUCUGGUCAGAAUUGUCUCCCAGAGCACCACCAGGCUGUUCCUGGGAAAACUUUUGUUCUUCGGCAUGCUGUGUGGCACUGCCAAUAAUUUUUUUCUGUGGUACCUGGUCGACCUUGGUAGCAGUCAGACGACUCUGGGGUUCGUGGUUCUAGUUCACUGCUUGACUUCUGUUGUCGUGCUCAGGUACACAGGUCUAAUUUUGAAACGCUUUGGUCACGUGAAGACGAUGUACGUUGUGGUACUGGCCUACUGUCUGAGGUACCUGGCUUUCUCCCUGCUGACCUCACCCUGGCUGGCCUUGCCUGUGGAAUUGUUACAUGGCUUGACCUACUCCAUGCUCUGGGCUGCCGCCUCUUCCACUGCCAGCAUCGUGGCUCCAGUUGGGACACAGGCGACCUGCCAGGGCAUCGCUGGAGCUGUUUACUGGGAUUUUGGUAGAGGUUUGGGAGCUCUAGUCAGUGGACAAAUCCUUGAGGUGUUGACUGCCCCAUGGACAUUUCGACUUUUCAGUGCCCUGUGUGUCCUGGCUUUGCCUGUAUUUGUACUUCUGGACAAACGAUGGCCGAUGCUGCCUCCAGAAGAGGUACAGGUGGUACAAGUGGGACUUGCAGAAAUCAAGGAUGGCAGUUAUGUUAAGACAAAUUUAUUGAAGUCAGAAAGUCCUGUUAACAACAGUAAUAAUUUCCAUGCCAGUGUGAAGGAAAUAUCAACAAGUAUCCAAAGUGCAGGCCUGAAUGGACGUGUUUAUAGUUCAUUGGGUGCCAAUAAUUGUGACCAAUCAGAAAGUUUCCAAGAAAUAGUCAAGAAUAUUCGUUCUGAUGACUACUCUCUUGUCAAUGAAGAGGUGAACAAUACAUCAGAACCACUUGCCGGUUUGUGUGACACUGGGGAAGAUGAGAAAUGUGUUAUUCAACAUAAAGUAGGAGCGUGUUUUCACGGGCAUUGUCGUGAUGCCAAAUCUGAGUCUGAAAGAUGUCAAAAUGUACAAUGCUCAGCAGAUGUUAGAGAUGAGGCUCAGUGUAUUUGUUGCCGUGGUAUCAUAAACAAUUCCACCUACGAUUGUGAGUCUAAUAAUAGGAGUGAAGUGGAAACUCAAACAGCCCCACGAUGUAGCCACGGCAAAUGUAGUGGCAUUAAAUACAACCAGGGAUUAAAUUGUGCAGUUACACUUCAAUGCAUUCCCUCUUUACCAAGUGUAGAAAUUCUUUCAGAAGUAGCCAAAAGUGUUUAUUCCACUAUAUCCACACCUGUUUCAGAGAUUUCGUCCUUGACACAUAUUCAAGCAAUGCAAGAGGCAGAUAAUUGCUGCAAUGAUAGACUACAUAGCAAUUGUAAAUUCAUUUCUGACAAUAAUUCCACCCCAACAGCCAAAGACUGUUGUGUUAUGAAUAUGUUUACUCAGGGUACAGAUUCGUUGUCACUAAAGGUCGACCACUUCACCGAGCCGAAUUUUUUUUCAAGUGAUGCACUUGAGUGCGAAGACUUGCAGGAUGAUAUAACACAUUUCCGCGCCAAAAGUCUUAGUCUCAUUCCAAACUUAAGCACAUCUUCUCUAGAUACUGAUCAAGAAAUGGCAUACUCUAAUCUCCAUAAAAAAAUUUCUGAAUGAAUAAUAAGAUGCACUCAAUAGGUAGGCCUACACACGUAUAACUCGUCCCUAUAUGUUUUUUUUUCAAUAAAAACACAAGAAAAGUUAAGCUGUUCCAACGCACAAGAGCUGUGAUCUGUUAACACUUGAAAUGUGAUGGGAUAGUUUGUGUACAUUAUCCCGAUUCUUGAAUUUUUUAUGUAAAUAGAUAAGCAGAGAUAUUUUAAAAAAAAGGCUGUGCACAUAGUCCUAAUUGCAUUUUUAAAAAAUCAAAACAUUUUAAAUUUAAUAUUACCAAUUACAUGUAAAUUAUGUCCUAAGAACUUAGAUCUAACUCAAGCAAAAUAGGAGGAAUAGAACUUAUCUUACCUUAUAAAAUACAGACGUUACUUAAAAAAAAAAGACUGUCCUGUGCGUGUUCCUAGGUCAAUCUAGUCAUGCAUGUUAAUCAAGUCAAUUUUUUUCCUAGCUGACUCAUGCGAACCGUUCCAUGCUUUAAAAGCACUAGGAAAGAAGGAGCAUUUGUACGAAUUUUUCCUGGCAUAUGGAAAAGGAAUGUGCCUUUAUCUUUGUGUCUUUUCUAAGUAUUUUAUUAAUUACGUUUUGUUGUUUGUAUUUUAAGAUUAUAUGGUUCAGUGUUUUAUGUAUAGGCCUAAUUGCUACAUUACUUUUAAGUCUUCUAUCCUGAAGGGUUUCUAAAUUUAGUGAUUUUACUAAAGGUAUUGCUCUAAUCAAUUGUGAAUAUUCGUUUGUUUUGAAUCUCACUGCUCCAUUUUGUGUCUGUUUGCUGGUUAUAGAUCGACGUAUGUUGUGAGCUUUGGACUAUUGUCUUGAGGGUCCUGAGUUCAAAACUACAUUUCAAUGGUUUAUUUAUUUUAAAGAAAUGCAAAUCUUAUACUAAUUAAAAAUUACUAUGAUAACUGAACCCUCUUCCUCUUAUUAAAAAAAAAAACGAAAAGAAAAAGUCAUAAUCCACAUUCACAACUGACAAAAGUUUUAAAUAUUCGUUUUUUUUUAUGAACAAUUGUUUCCAUUUCUAAGACAUGCACACAUCAAAGAUAUUGCUUUGUAAUUAAGUAGUCUUACAUUGUUUUAAUAACAAAUGAUUGCUGUAACACACAGGGGUUGAGCAGGGGAUUUGAACUAAUAAGUAGGUCAAAUAGGUAUCUUUGUUUAUGACGUAAUGUCGUAAACGUUUAAAAAUGAUACAUUCAAAGUCAAGAAACUUUUAAAAAAGAAACAUGUAGAUACACAAAGGACAUAAAGGUCUUCUAGUUAGCUUCUUUGGAGGAAUGUCUCAAAUGUAUAAGAUAAGAUGUUUCAAAGAUUACAGUCUAGCCUUAUUGGUCUGUUUUUGUUGUUGUUUUAAAAUCUAAAACGAAAUAUUGGAAUAAGGCAGCCCUAGAAGUGUAAGACAAGGAGUCUUGUUAAGACUGUUUGCCUAUAUAUCUAUUUUGACGUUAUAUUUUUACAUGUUUUGGAUGUUUCCUCAGAAUUAAAGAUUACCACAUCCGAGCCCAAACCUCACGGAGGGCAGGGCUCAAACCGAGACCAUUCGUUACAGAAGGCCUCAACACUGACCUGUGACGUCGCAACCUGUGGGCGGUGAAGACCUAUAGCUAGUUGCCAUGUCAAACAGGCCUAUGAUGUGGCAACGAGCUAUACGUCUCCACCGAGACGACAGUCCAGAGCACAUACCACAUAGUCAGCUAGGCCUUUGAGUCACGUCUAAGCAGAUGCGUAGUUAAGGUGGGGUGAGGGAGGGGAAAAUUUGAAAAUACCCCUGGACACUCAAAUGUGUUUUUGUUACAUUAAAUAUUACGCAAAAUACAGGGGCCCCCGAAGAGGUCAAGUCCCCCGGCCUCCAAGUGAUGGCAAAUUCCUAGCUACGCCACUGCUUCUGUGACAUGCAUUUCCUGUCUCUAUUUAACUUUGAAAAAAAAAUGCAGAAGAGAAAAUGAUUAGAACGCAAGUUUGUCGUGUUGAAGUCACUGGCGGAUCCAGGGGGGGGGGGCGGUAGGGGCGGGGCGGGAGGCGGACAAACUUUAAUAUAGGAUUCAUACAAUAUGUAUACGAAUUUAUUACUUAUGUUAAAAAUAUAUACAAAUUAUUUAUAUUUCAACCUAUUUUUAGAUUAUUUCGCCCCCCCCCUCUAGUAUGUUGGCCGAUUUGGUGGGGUCGGGAGUGGGCGAUGGUAUCAAUCCCGCCACCCCCUACACUUUCGAGUGGGGGGGGGGCGGUCCGAUUUGUUUGUAGAAAUCACAGCUUGCUAACAGAAUCAAUUAAAUAUCUAUAUGAUUAAAACUUGUUAUUGAUAUUUAACCGAUCUUUAUGUCGUUCCCUGUUUGGUGUGUGUGUGGGGGGGGGGCGAAUACCUCUACUGCCCUUCCCACACAAACCCUUUGAGUGGGGGGGGGGCGGUCCGUUUUUAUGGAGAAAUCAUAGUUUGUGAACAAAAUUAGUUGAAUUAAUAUAUACAUUUUAUAUUAUGUCGCUCCCUUUCUGGUAUCUUGGCCGAUUCGGUGGGGUGAGGGGGGGGGGGGCGAUUGCAUGUACUGCCCUCCCCACUCUAGCCCUCUGAGUGCUGGGGGGGGGGCGGUCCUAUUUUUGUGUAGAAUCAUAGUUUGUGAACAAAAUUAGUUGAAUAUCUAUAUAAUAUAAACUACGUAUUGAUAUGUGACCCAUUGUAUAUUAUGUCGUACCAUACUCUAAUCUCAAAUUGUAUCAUUAGUAAAUUUAAAUGAAAAAGGGUUGUACCAGGUGGGAGGGGCGAUACAUGCAAUCACAUUACCCCCAUCGGAAAAAUCAAUACUUUUUCUUUUUGUAGGCCCUAUUAUAGUUAAGAAAUUACAAAAUUAAAAAAAAUCUGUCACUAAUAUAAUUUAUAUACACUAUAAAUUAAAUUCUUAUAUCGAGUCGCCCCACCCCUAUUCUUUAAUGCCAAAUGCAAUAUUUAGCAGAAAUUAUUAAAGAAGAGAAGAUUAAUCGUUUUCACUCUACCGCCCCUCCCAUUUCCAGACAGAGUUUAUUUAUAUAAUUUCACAUGAAUUUAUCAUAAUUAUUUUAAGAAAGACUUUCCAUUGGAAAAGUUAUAAUUCAAACGAAAUUUUUCAGUAUAAAAGUCAUGAUUGAGAUGAGUUCUAAACUCAAAUAAUGUUGUCAUAGUCGCCUUUUCCCAACCUUUACUCAAUCUGAUAUUUUUCUAGUUAAAUAAAUUUGGGACUAUAACUCACAAUUUAUACUUCAAUUUUCUUAAAUACUAUUUAUCGAAUAAUUUUUUUUUUCGGCGGCGAUCCUCAAAGCAAAAAGCUAAAUAUGUGGGGUAUCCUAUCUUUUCAAGAAACAAAUCAGUUUUAUUUGCAAUGUAUUAUGGGCCUAUAAAUUUAUAUUAGAAUAUUUUUCAAGUACAACAUUAUUCAAAAGGUCCUUUUUUAAUAGUAUGAAUAAUAAGCUUUAGGUCAGGAGAAUACGUUUCUGCAGUGAAGAAUGCAAGAAAACGCUUUUGGCGUAGGGGCUUCGCCCCGAAGUCCUUUGAUGAAAAUGAGCUGUAGGUGUUAGGAGAAUGCGUUUCUGCAGUGAAGAAUGAAAGAAAACGCUUUUGGCGUCGGGGCUUAGCCCCGAACUCCAUUGAUGAAUAAUGAGCUGUAGAUGUCAGGAGAAUGCGUUUCUGCAGUGAAGAAUGCAAAAAAACGCUUUUGGCGUCGGGGCUUCGCCCCGAAUUCCAUUGAUGAAUAAUGAGGUAUACUUGUCAGGAGAAUACGUUUCUACAGUGAAAAAAGCAAGAAAACACUUUUGUCGUCGGGGCCUUAUAGCUCUGCCCCAGUUGUUUUGUUUUUCGCCGAAGGUUGAGAAAUGAUAUAUAUAUAUAUGUGUGUGUGUGCGCGCGCGCGCUGUACGCACGUUUAUGCAUAGGGUUAGGGUUUACUGGGCGUUAGGGUUAGGGUUUGGAAAAAAAUCGCCCCCCCCCACUCCAAAGUUCUGGAUCCGCUAGUGGUUGAAGUAUGUUGUAUGACGUCAAUGCUACUUAUUGUGUAUGUCGCAUUCAGAUUCUGAUGAAACAAAAGUUUGCAUAAAAUGUUUCAGUAUGCCUACAAAUCCUGCCAUUUUAUCUUAUCUUCUUAUAUAAUACAGACGUUACUUCAAAAAAGAAGAUGAUUACGUCCUACGCGUCAUGCAUUUAGUUAUGCAUAUUAACCAAUGACUUCAAUUCUGCCAAGUCACCGGUUUUCCUGGCUAGCUCAGGCAACCCAUUCCAUGCUCUAAUAGCGCUAGAGAAGAAGGAGUAUUUGUACAAACUUGUCCUAGCAUAUGGGACGAGGAAUGUGCCUUUAUCUUUGUGUCUUUCAGAGUAUUUUAUUAAAUUUUGUUUUUGUAUUUGAA